UAUUUGUCUUGUCACAUAUCUAUCAAUAAUCAUAAUUUAAAAUUUUUCAAGAUGGUUGAUCCAGUGCAAAAGGAAUUCGUACAGGCGUUUAUAAAUUUUCUAAAAAAUCCUAGUACCUCUCAAAAUUUGUCUUCAGAUUGCAGAGAGAGUGUUGAUGUGGCAAUUCAAUGUCUUCAAUCCGCAUUUGAUAUAUCCGAUGACGUGGGGUUGCAAUCUGUUGCAGGAACUCAAGAAUCGGACGACUCUGUAAAUAAGGAUGGGAUUGAUAUGUUUGAAAUAUUCCAGUCGUUAUUUAUUGAACGGAAUCCAAAAGCUACACAAAUGGCGGAGUCUUUUAAAAAUGAAGGUAAUCGGCUUAUGAAAGAAGGAAAGUAUAAUGAAGCUAUGUUGCAGUAUAAUCGUGCUAUAUGCUUCGAUCCAAGAAAUGCAAUUUAUUACUGUAAUCGUGCAGCUGCUUACAUUCGCUUAAAUUAUAACGAAAAUGCGGUUACAGAUUGUAAAACAGCAUUAUUGUACAAUCCCACAUAUGGCAAAGCCUAUGGAAGGCUUGGGAUAGCGUACUCUAAUUUGAAAAAGUACUUGGAAUCACAACAAGCCUAUGAAAAGGCAAUUGAACUGGAACCAGAAAAUCAGGACUAUCGCAACAAUUUGCAAGUAGCUCGUGAAGCCGCACAAUUGCGUGAUUCAGUUCCCCAGAUAUCAGAAAGCAUAAAUUCUGUGCUUUCAUCUCAAGCAAUUCGUAAUUUAGUUAAUGAUGCUGAUAUAGACUUUGGACAAUUGCAGGCAUUGAGUCAAGACCCUGUUGUAAGGAAUACAAUUCAACAACUAUGUUCAGGGAUGCCAACAAAUAGUAAUGAUCCUAUGGCAUCUCCUCUGCUUCCAAAUAGUAUGAUACAGCUUUUCCAAUCAAUAGCAAGCCAAUUUGCAGCGGCUCAAGGAAAUGGUAGUUCGAACGACUCAUCUAGUUCACAUACGGAUACUCGUCCACCUGCGGUAUAAAAGUCGGUUGAAGAAAGACAGUAAUGUAUUACCGACCGGAUUUCAAAUCGGCCAGGGUUAUUAAAAUGACAAGAUUCGAUUAAAUAAUGUGUAUUUAUUUUCUCUUGCAUAAAAAAUUAUGAACAAGCAUAUAA